AUGAGUGAGGACGAAGACUAUUUGCACAAAUAUCAGUUAGUACAAUUUAUAAGGAAAGGUCCAAAGUCUGGAAAAAAAGAAAUUGACGUGGUACCGUCGAAAUGGAUCUCAUGGGACCAAAAGCGACUUAAACUCACGACAAAAUUUAUGCCAGGACCGUACGAUGAAAAUACUUCGAAACUUUUACAGGAUUUUGUAAAUCAUUGUUUUGAUGCACCAGAAUCUUGGCCUACUUAUACGGUUAAGAUCGUUGGCGAAGCAAAGCAAUACGAUGAAGCUUUAAUGAAACUGGACGAACUUUCAGCCCAGGAGUUUGUUUUUUCUUUGCCUUCUGACGAGGAUCCAAAAGAAAAAUCAGAAGCAAAAAAAGAAUUUUAUAAAAAGAAAGCAUUGAAUGACAGUGCAGCAUUCGUAUCAAAGUUUAUGACGUCUGACAAAAACUCAAAUUCUUUUAACUCAGUCUCAGGAUCUUCAAGGAUAGUGCAGAUGCCCCAAUUACCCAUUGAUAAGAAGAUUAUUCUUCAGCGUGAGGAUACUUUGAGUAUGGAUUUAAAAGAUAAAAGCCAAUCGAUAGUUGUAAUGGAUAAGGACAUUCCUGUUUUAACGCUUAAUUCACAAAAUUUGCAUGGAGUAGAAUGUGAAAACCCAAUCAACUUUACCACACUUAGUGAAGAAAAAGCCGAUUUAAUACUUGUAAAGUUAGAACAAAUCAGAUAUGAAAUUCGGAAUUUAAAAGCUAUAGUCAUGUAUAAUGAAGCAACGAAAACUACUGAUAAUAAUUAUUAUACAGCAGAGUCAACUGGAUUUUUGAAAACAUAUAAUAUUAAAUUUCCACUAGAAACAAAUGAUCAAUUCAACGCAUUUAAUACUCAGUUGAAUACUGACCGUAAUUUAAAACAAAGUUUUUGUGAAUUCAUUCAUCGUUAUCUCGAUUUCA